AUGUCUAUACUUAAUAAAGAUGUUCUUUCUUUAAUCUUUGAAGAAUUAGUUUUUGAUAAAAAUCGAUUUAUUUCUAAUUUAAUAACAAUUGAAAAAAAAUCAUUAUAUUCAUGUUUAUUAGUAAAUAGACAUUGGUGUGAAGUUGCAGUUCCAAUUUUAUGGAAAAAUCCAUGGAAAUUUAUUGUUAAUAGCAGAUUAUUAUUAAAUGUUAUUAUAUUAUUUUUAUCAAAAGAAUCUCAAGAAUUUCUUAAAAGUCAAGGAAUUUAUAUUUUUUCAACAAAAUAUAAAAAACCUUUAUUCGAUUAUAUUAAUUAUUGUAAAUAUAUAAAUUUUCAUAAAAUUGAAAAUUUUAUUAAUAAUGGAUUAAGUUUUGGAUUUAAUGAAGAAUAUCAAAUACAUGCUAUGGAACAAGAGAUUUAUAAAUUAUUAAUUAAUAAAUGUUCAAAAAUUAAAAUUUUAGAUAUGAUGAAUACUGGAUCAAUUUUAAAACAUCAAAUAUAUCAUUUUAAUGGAGCAAAAAAUUCACUUGGGGAUCUUACAUAUUUAUGUUGUGAUUCAAUUAUUGAUUCAGCAUUUUUUUAUGGUUUAUCACAUGUUUGUAAAUUAAUACAAAAAAUUAUUAUAAAAAGAUGUCCAGAUGAUAAUUCAGGAUUAGCAAGAUUAAUUGAAGUACAAAAAAAUUUAAAAUGUUUUGUUUGUUCAGUUUAUGAUGAUGCUGAAUAUUUUAUUAAAUAUGAAAAAAUUGGAAAUGCUUUAAUUAAACAAGCUAAUUCUUUAAUUCAUCUUAAAUUAAUAUAUGAAGAUAAUUUUUUCCUUUUAUUGGAAAUUUUACCAAAAUUAAUUAAUUUAAAAAAAUUAAAAUUAAUAAAUAUUGCUAAUUAUGAUUAUCAACUUGAAAAAUAUUUAGAAAUUUCUACUUUUUCAUACCUUCAAGUUUUACAUUUAGAAAUAAUUUCUUCCCUUAAUAUAGCAAUAGAUAUUAUUAAAAAAACUGAAGGAAAUUUAUCAGAAAUUUUACUUGGAAGUACUAUUUAUAAUGAAUUAUAUUCAGGAAAAUAUAUUCAUACAAUUUAUGAAUAUUGUCCUAAUAUUAAAUUAUUAUCAUUAGGUAUAAAUGAUAAUGAUUAUAAUGAAUUUGAAAUUUUAUUGGAAAAAUCUCUUCAACUUCAAAAAAUUGUUAUUGAUGGUUCUAUUAAUCAAUAUUCUAGUAGUUUAUUAUUAGAAAAAUUGGUAAAUUUUGCUCCAAAAUCUUUACGUGAGAUUAGAAUAUUUAAUGAUUGGAAAAUUUCUGCUUAUGAUUUAGAAUUAUUUCUUGAAAAUUGGAGAGGUCGUGAAUCAAUUAUUUUAUAUUUUUUUACCGAUGUUAAUGAUAGUAUUCAUUUUAAUCAUCAUUUAUUAAAUAUACUUCAAAAAUAUAGAGAGGAAGGUGUAAUAAAGAAUUAUCGAUGUGAUGAUGAAUAUCAGGAUUUUUACUUUUCUUGGUAA